GCGGGGCCUGUGGUUCAUUGUGCGCAGCAGUGAGCGACUGGCUGGGUUCUCGGGCCGGCUCGAAGUUGGUGAAGCUGCCGCCGCCGCCGCCCUCGCCCUGCAGCUCAGGAGCUGCCUCCGCUGCGUUCUCCCUCUCUAAAAUGGCCGCCACUGCCUCUGGUUCCUCCUCUGCCAGCUCUGCAGCCUCGGGGCAGUCGGAGAGUAAGAAGAUCAGCGAUCUGCGGGUGAUCGAUCUCAAAUCGGAGUUGAAACGGCGGAACCUGGACAUUAACGGGGUGAAAAACGUGCUCGUUUCCCGGCUCAAGCAGGCAAUUGAAGAGGAAGGAGGUGAUCCUGAUAAUAUUGACCUGUCUUCAGGUGAUACUUCCAGCAAGAAAGCAGCAGCCAAAAGCAAAGGUAAGAAACAAGAAACUGACGAACUAAGCGGAGAUGCUUCAGUGGAAGAUGAUACAUUUGUCAAGGAAAGUGAAUCGGAGAAUCAAGAGACCAGUGAUCCAGAUGGCAAUGAUGAACUGAAGGACUCUGAAGAAUUUACUGAAAAUGAUGAAGAAAAUAAUAAUUCCAAGGACUUGUCUACUACUGAACAGCAUAAAAAAGAUCAUGAAUUAAAACAGGCAGAAGCAAUACAAGGAAAAGAAAAAGACCUUGAAAAUCAGGAAAAUGAAGGUCAAGAAGGUGAAGAUGAUGCCUUUCUUACAGUCCCAGAUGGUGAAGAAGAAGAAAAGGAAAAAGAUAUAGCAGGUUCUGGUGAUGGUACACAAGAAGUAUCUAAACCUCUUCCUUCAGAAGAGAACCUAGCUGAGGCUGAUCAGACAGCUCAUGAAGAGAUGGAAGGUAACACGUCUGUGAAAGAAGCUGAGGAUGACAACAUUUCGGUCACAAUCCAGGCUGAAGAUGCCAUCACUCUGGAUUUUGAUGGUGAUGACCUCCUAGAAACAGGUAAAAAUGUGAAAAUUACAGAUUCUGAAGCAAGUAAGCCAAAAGAUGGGCAGGAUGCCAUUGCACAGAGCCUGGAGAAGGAAAGCAAAGAUUAUGAGAUGAACGAGAGCCAUAAAGAUGGUAAGAAGGAAGACGGCGUGAAGGGUGAUGCUGUCGAGAAGGAAGCCAGAGAAAGUUCUAAGAAAGCAGAAUCUGGAGACAAAGAAAAGGAUACUUUGAAGAAAGGGCCCUCGUCUACUGGGGCCUCUGGUCAAGCAAAGAGCUCUUCAAAGGAAUCUAAAGAAAGCAAGACAUCAUCUAAGGAUGACAAAGGAAGUACAAGUAGCACUAGUGGCAGCAGUGGAAGCUCAACUAGAAAUCUCUGGGUUAGUGGACUUUCUUCUAAUACCAAAGCAGCUGAUUUGAAGAAUCUCUUUGGCAAAUAUGGAAAGGUACUCAGUGCAAAAGUGGUUACAAAUGCCCGAAGUCCUGGAGCAAAAUGUUAUGGUAUUGUAACUAUGUCUUCAAGUACUGAGGUAGCCAGAUGUAUUGCACACCUUCAUCGGACUGAACUUCAUGGACAACAGAUUUCUGUUGAGAAAGUAAAAGGUGAUCCUUCUAAGAAAGAAUUAAAGAAAGAAAGUGAUGAAAAAUCAAGUUCAGGCAGAAGUACUGGAGAUAAAAAAUCUACAACAAGUGAUAAAACUAGCAAGACCCAAACUUCAACGAAAAAAGAAGAAAAAAAAUCGGAAAAAUCUGAGAAAAAAGAAAGUAAGGAUACUAAGAAAGCGGAAGGUAAAGAUGAGAAGGGUGAUAAUGGAUCAAGUGGCCCAACUUCAGAGUCAAAUAAAAAAAGCGAAGAAAAGAAACGAAUAAGUGCAAAGAGCCCUGGUCAUAUGGUGAUAUUAGAUCAAACAAAAGGAGAUCACUCUAGAUCCUCAAGAAGGGGAAGAUAUGAUAAAGUGGCAAGGAACAGGGAGAGAGCUAGUCAAGAUAAAAAGAAGGACAAAGACUACAGAAGUCGCAAAGAUAUAUUGCCUUUUGAAAAAAUGAAGGAACAGAGAAUGCGAGAACAUCUAGUACGCCUAGAAAGAAUACGACGAGCAGUGGAACUUAGAAGACAAAGAGAGAUUGCAGAGAGAGAGCGUCGAGAGCGAGAACGCAUUAGAAUGAUUCGUGAACGGGAGGAACGGGAGCGCUUACAGAGAGAAAGAGAGCGACUAGAAAUUGAAAGGCAAAAACUAGAGAGAGAGAGAAUGGAGCGCGAACGCUUGGAAAGGGAACGCAUUCGAAUUGAACAGGAACGUCGUAAAGAAGCUGAACGUAUUGCUCGGGAAAGAGAAGAACUGCGAAGGCAACAACAACAACUUCGUUAUGAACAAGAAAAAAGGAAUUCUUUGAAACGUCCACGUGAUGUAGAUCAUAGGCGAGAUGAUCCUUACUGGAAUGAGACUAAAAAACUGUCUCUAGAUACAGAUGCACGAUUUAGUCAUGGAUCUGAGUACAACCGCCAACAGAACAGAUUUAAUGACUUUGAUCACAGAGAGAGGGCCCGAUUUCCUGAGGGUACAGCAGUACAGUCUUCAUCUUUUGAAAGGCGGGAGCGCUUUGUUAGUCAAGGUGAAGGGAAGAAAACACGUCCAACUGCACGGAGAGAAGAUCCAGCCUUUGAAAGGUACCCCAAAAAUUUCAGUGAUUCCAGAAGAAAUGAACCACCACCACCAAGAAAUGAACUCAGAGACACUGAUAGACGAGAAGUGCGAGGAGAUAGAGAUGAGAGGAGGACUGUGAUCAUUCAUGACAGGCCUGAUAUAACACAUGGUAGACACCCAAGAGAGGGUGGUCCAAAUCCUCCAAGACAAACUAGUUGGAAGAAUGAAGGUGGUAUGAGCACCGAAAAACGGGACACAAGGGGUGAAAGACCAGAGAGAUCAGGAAGAGAAGUUUCUGGACACAAUGUUAGAGGUGCACCUCCAGGGAAUCGAAGCAGUGCUUCUGGUUAUGGCAGCAGAGAGGGAGAAAGAGGAGUAUUAGGAGAAAGAGGAAGUGGUGGACAGCAUUAUUCUGAGGAUCGACAUGUGGUUGAACGUCACGGGCGUGAAACUAGUGGACCAAGAAAAGAAUGGCAUGGUCCAAGUUCUCAAGGCAGUGGAUAUCAUGACACGAGGAGAAUGGGUGAUGGCCGGGGAGGAGCAGGCAUGAUACCCCAGCAUACAAGUAACUCAUCACCAAUUAAUAGAAUUGUGCAGAUCACAGGCAAUUCUAUGCAAAGAGGAAGUGGCUCCGGAUUUAAGCCAUUUAAGGGCGGACCUCCAAGAAGAUUCUGAAAUCAGCUGCUUGACAUGGUUUCAAGAUAAUUUAUUGAAAUCUCUUAUAAACUUUUAACAGACAAGUCAGUGGACAAAUGACUUAUCUAGGAGUUUGGUCAAACUCCUUUUCCCCCUUUUCUUUCUUUUUUAAAAACAUGAUUGCUUUCCUCAAUUUGAGAAGAUAUUUUAAUAGUUAUGUUGUAAUUUUAAAUAGUUUUGUGUAUCUUUUGAACAUUUUUUCCUUGCAGCACUAGAGUCACAUUCAAGAAGCAAAGAAUAUUGGAAUGGAAAUGUUUAACACUGUGUGAAUAUGAAGAGUAGUUUGCAACUGUGUAAUAGUCAUUUAAGUUACCAGCAUUAGCUCUGUGGUGUCAGGCUUUAGAGUUAGCUACUUUGUCAUGAGAUACAUAUUUAUGACCUCCAUUUUGGAGGUUAUACAAGCUAAGAAAAACAUCUGCUAAUUUGUAGAAAAUAAAAUUGUUUCUUGCAUUUCUGAGUAUUAUGUAACCUAUUUUUGCAGAAGGUACUGUUACAUUAAGUGCAUCUGUGUAUCCUAGUAAAAAUAUUCCUUUUUGAAAUAAACCUUCAUAUUCUGUAUAGUUGCUUAAGUGUUGAACAUUUUUAAUUACACAAUGAAUGUAUUUGGGUUUAUGUAGGAAUAUAGUAAGUAUAAUGAGGCCUUGAGCUGUGAAUGGAACUUUUUUGGAAUUUGUGCCAUUAAGUUUUUGUCUGAAUAAUCAACCAGGAAACUAUUAUCUGAUCUGAUAAAUUCCCUCUCUCAGAAUUGUUUUCCAUGUUCUCAACUUUGUUGAGAUGUGGAAGAAAUCCAAGCUUGAAAUCAGUGAAUCCACUUGGAUUUUAUAUGUAGGAAGACAUUGCUGCCUUUGGUAAAAAAUAAAAAUUCACACCUAGAAUUGUAUGAGUCUUUGUUUCCACCUUUAGGUUAACAUCACACUGUUCUAUGACAUUAAUAAAGUCAAAACCAAAAUUAUAGUAGAUAACUGUUGUUUACUUAUAAAGCCUAGUGUGUCUUUUUAGGACUUAGGCCUAUCUUCUCAGCUUUUUAACUGAGCUCACCAAGAAGAAAGAAAUCUUAGUUAUAGAAAGAUAACAUAUGUCUGCUGUCAGUAAUAUAAUUUAACUAAUCUAAAAUAGAAUUAAGCAUACUCAAGAUUGUGCUUCUCUAGCUAGCACUACCACUGUAACCCAUGCUUGAAAUCCAAUUUUGAUGUAAAGGGAUGUCAUUUCAUUUAAAGUCCUGUCAAUUCUGUCUCUGUACUCUUCUACAUAAAAUGGGAAAUCCUUUAUCUAAAAGACUUGUAUACCAGUAAUUUCUUAGUGUUUAAUAUUUAUAAAAUGCUAAAAUUCUUUAAAUUUUGCCACUUUAAACACUAAACAGGUAAUUAGUGUAGUUAGCACUGGCUUUUAGAUGCACAAUUUCCUGGCCUUUGAUAACCAAAUGACUUAAAAUCAUGCUGAACUGGUGACAGAGCUCAAACUAAAACUGAAGGCUUGAUUGCUGGACCUAUAGCAUUUGACCAAUUUUGCCUCUCAUUUUUACUUAAAGUACAUUUUGGCUGAAACCUAGAACUCUUCAAUAUCUUCCUAAGUAGGCUUAACUACUUCCAGUUCCUCCUCUGACCACACACUGCUACCCAAGCAUCCUUGCUUUUUACUCAUUUAGUCCUGUUUCAAUCCCUCAGUGGUUUCCUAUUGCCUAUGGCCAAGUUUGACAACCUUUUAAAAUGGGGUAUCACCUACUGCAAAGCCCUUCAGAUAUGUACAGUCCAGCUUGAUGUGUAGCCAGGGAGUAGCAGGAAGUCUUUUUUUUUUUAACAUUAUACAAGCAUUUAAAGUAAUUCUGUCAGAUAAGAGUUUUUCUCACCAACAUCAUCUUCAGAAUCUGACCUGAUAAUGUCUCUUGACCAGUUGUGGGAAACGUGAAAAUGUGAGAAAAUGCUAAAUAGAAACUUGUCUUGGGUGCAUUUUAAAAAGCAUAGAACCUUUUCCUCACUCUUCAAGCCUCCCAUGGCACCCCUUCCUCAGCAGAAGAUGUACUAACUGGUCUUCAUUCCCCUCUUUCAGUUGAUUGCUUUCUCCAAACACACCUGUUUUCAUCUAUUUGGUUAUGUUGUGGAAGGCUGCUCUGCAUUAGCUCCAGCACUAGAUUUGCUGAGAAGUGCCUUUUCCUAUUGCCUAAGGACUUAGGGCUCACUGGUGUAAUUCCAGAGUGGGAGAAAUCCAGUUUAAUUUCACUUGCUAUUUCUUGAUCAUUAUUCUUUGUGAUGCCUAGCUCAGGGUUUGUAGGCAUAAAUAUGUCAGAGCUGGGCACUAUGCCUCCUUUUUAGGCAGCCAUCAUAGCUGAAACCACCACAUUCGGUUGCUGAAGUCCCAAUUAUUAUUCAUUAAAGAAGCAUUUUAUUAUAAUACUGUGCUGUAAUGUCUUUACAACUGAUGCUUUGGAUUUGGAUUCAGUAAUAAUAUGCAAAAUUUGAAAUGUAUUUCAAGAUUGUAGUUUCAUAAUUCCUUUUAUAAAAUUUUUUAAAAUUCUGUUUUAUUUUUUGUUCCCAAUUCUGUCUCUCUUCCUUGUCCAUCCAUUGAGAAGAAAAACCACUUAUAAAUAUGUAAAGUCAUGAAAAACAAAUUCUUGUUUUUUAGCCAUGUCAAAAAAGAAAAGAAGAAAAUAGGCUUCAGUCUGGAGGUGAAUAGCAUGUUUCAUGAGUCAUUUUGAAUGUUGGUUGAUCAUUGUGUUGAUCGGAGUUAAGUACUUCAAAUUUUAUUAUACGUAAGAUAUUGUAUAAAUUGUUCUGGUUAGAGUCAUUUCACUUCGCAUCAUUUCAUACAAGUCUUCCCAGAUUUUUCUAUUACAGCAAUACCCAGUAGGACAGUAAAGCAUCAACUUUGCACAUUGGGCAUCUCAAUUUUACUGAUUUUUGAAAAAGUAUUUUACAAAGACCAGUAAUCUGUAGCUUUGUGAUUUUUUUUAAUUGCAAUUUGUUAUCAAAAACAUCAUUGGAACAUUAAUAUGAUGAACUAAAAUUGCUUAUCAUAUUUAAACUAAAUGCAUAAAGAAUGAAAUAUCCUUGGCCUCUACAUUAUUGACCACUCUGAAACAUUCUUGCUGAAUUUUAAAUUAGGCUUCUCUUAGUGUUAAUUU